AUGAGUUCUCAACAGCACAUCCUGGGGAAUAUGCAAGCCAAUAACGAUCUGGUGCUUCUGAUACAAGAUGCCCAACAAGAGCAGAAAGCGGCUAUGGAUAUGCUUACUAAACAGCUCUCUCAGAUGGCCACAACUUUGAAUGAGAUACGUGGACAUGAUGGCCGGAUCUCUGCUACUGUAAAGAUGCCUGACAGAGCCAACAUUAGCAAAAUCACUUUGCGAUCAGGGAAGGAUUAUGCUGAGCCUUUAGGAAGGGCAGAAAAAGGAAGCGAAGAGCUAAUCCCGGAAGGAAAUAGAAGAGAGAACCAUGAAGAGAAUCCUCUGAAUGAGGCAGAAAAACCACUGCCUCAGUUAGUUGACCCACUACCGAUUGAUCAAGAAGAGGAUGAGCCAGUUGAAGAAAUAAAAAGGCGUGAGGGUGAAACCUCCAAUGAUGGCUCUAGCAAUGCGGUCAAGCAUACUAAACCAUACCCCUAUAGAGGGGAGGUCAAGAGGAAGAAGGAGGAUCCAACCGACUUCAUGGAGAUUUUUUGCAAACUUGAGAUUAAUCUGCCUUUUCUACAAGCACUAGAGCUACCCCCGUUUAGUAGGUUUAUCAAAGACUUCAUUGUUGGAAAAGCUAAAGCUGAUGGGAAGAUUGUGAUCGAAGAAAGUGUGUCUGCUGUAAUCCAGAAGAAGAGACUUCGUUCCAAGAGGACUGAUCCCGAGAUGUUCACGCUACCCAUCAUCAUCGGAGAUUUUAAAAUUGAGCAUGCCAUGUGUGAUCUGGGAGCUUCUAUUAAUGUGCUGCCUUUCUCAGUUUAUAAGAAAUUGACUGGAGUCAGAUUAGUGGAUACAAAGGUGGUCAUCCAGCUCGCAGAUAGGUCAUGUAUCAGUCCUGAAGGAGUACUGGAGAAUGUGAUUGUAAGGGUACAUGAUUUCCUUUACCCCUACAGAUUUUCAUGUGGUCCGUAUGAAUGA